AUGGCUUCGAACGGUAUCCCUGCGACGACCAAGCGGUUGAUCGCCUGUUGCGAUGGCACCUGGAUGGACAGCGACAAUGGCUACGAGGAGCCUGGGUUGUUGACGGGAGAGGGAACCCUCCAGGUGCCUUCCAACGUCACACGCAUCUCUCGCUGCUUCAAGCGGAGGUGCAGCGACGGGAAGCUCCAGAUCAUCAACUAUGAGUCUGGCGUCGGCACGGGCAGCAACAUGCUUGACAGCAUCACGGGAGGAGCGUUUGGCCUGGGUCUGUCAGAGCGCAUGAGAGAGACGUACUCCUACCUAUGCGCCAACUAUACCGACGGGGAUGAGAUCAUCCUGGUUGGUUACUCCCGAGGUGCUUUCACGGUGCGUUCGGUGGCCGGCAUGGUUGGUGCUCUUGGUCUCCUGACCCGUGAAGGAGUCGAGCACUUUUACCCCAUCUUCAAGGACAUGCAGCACUGGAUGGACGAUGACUACGAGGAUCCGUUCCCAAACAUUCCCUUCCCCAACAAGCCCAAGGGAAAGGAUGCUGCGACAGUGUAUCGAGCCCAGCUGGAGAAGCUGGGUUACACUCGUGUGAGACAUGACAACGGACAGGGUGAUCUGAUCAAGAUCAAGGCCGUCUGUGUGUGGGAUACCGUGGGCAGUCUUGGAAUCCCACGUUGGCACGACACGAGCUUGUCGGAUAAGAUCGAGCAUGCUUUCCAGGCACUGGCUCUGGAUGAGACGCGCCCACCAUUCAGCCCGGCUGUUUGGGAGAGACGCCCUGAGAACAGACUCACGACGGAUCUCAGGCAGGUCUGGUUUCCUGGUAACCACGCCAACUGUGGCGGUGGAUGGGAGGACCAAGGUAUCGCCAACUGUACUCUCGCAUGGAUGAUGGAUCAACUGGCUUCAGUCGGUGUCGAGUUUGACUUGCCGUCAUUGGAGCGUUGUUUCCAGCAAACUGCAGACUUCUACAAGGCAUCCCACGCCAAAGCCCAAAAGACCAAGCAAAAGAAGAAGAAGGGUGUCCCAGACAAGUGGGCAAUCAGCCCCAUCUUUGACAACAACCACCCCUUCAGGCCCUGGGGACUGGGUUCCAUUAACAAGCCCUCCAGCCUCCUGUACAAGCUCUCGGGCCAGACGGUCCGCACGCCGGGCCUGUACAGGCCGACAGACCCCAAGACCAAGCUCGACGAGGCUAGGUUUCUCCAGGACACCAACGAGCGCAUCCACAGCACGGUGCGCAUCCGUCUCGCGUGUCAGGGUCUCGGUUUGAAUGACAAGACUGUAUGGGAUUGUCCAUCACUGCUCAAGAGCUGGAAGGUGAAGCGCACACAGGAAAAGUACCAAGAUCCUGUGCCAUUCCACCCCGGCUGGGACCCAGAGGGUGAAGAGGACGACAUGGGAGAUCCCAAUGGCUGGAGCAAAGGUCGAUGGGUUUGGGAGUACGUCGGUAGCGAGGGUAACGCACCGACUGACAAGAGGCAGCGGAUCAUGGUUGAAGAGCCACUGGGACCAUAUGAGCGGCAUCUACUGAGACUUUCAGCCGGUUCACCGAAUGUAUUCCAUUUCUCGGAUACAAAGGAGGACUGA